UUCACCACCAACCCCCGCCUCCUCCCCAAAGGCCCCUCCUUUUUUUAACUUUGAUCUCAUCGCCGCCGAUUACCGAACUUUUUUUUUACCUCGGCCGCCGCCGCCGCCGCCAACCCCAUGGAACUCCUCGCCGGCGCCGCCCUCGCGGAGAGCGUGGACCCGUUCCCGGAGCCGUCCGCGGCGUUAGUCUGCCAUCGGCGCCCGGACCCAGCGGCGGCCGGGGUCGGGUGCCCCGGCGAGGGCGCUCACUGCCGACGCCGCCCGAAGCUGAGGCCGAUCAGGUGCGCCGCCAGGUCGCCACCGGAGACCCCGGGGGGCGGCGGGGGGCUCCGGGUGCGCGCGGGCGGUGAUGGGUCGUCCGAGGGUCCGAGCGGAGCUGGAGUUGCCGACGCGGCGGAGGAGGAGAAGCCCCGCGAGUGCGGGCUCGGGUCGAAGCUCGGCGAGGGGAGCGGGGGCCCGGAUAGUCCGGGGCGUUUCUGGGAGGAGUCAUGGUGUUCGUCAUCAGAUGAGGGCGAUGAUGCAUCGGCAGAUGUUAGAGAACCCGAUAACCGCAAGAGGAAGAGAAGAACGAGAAAGAAAUUCGAGCUCUUCAUGAAGAAUAUGGUGAUGAAACUGAUGGCAAGGCAGGAGCAGAUGCACCAGGAAUUAGUACAGAUGUUAGAGAAGAUGGAAAGGGAGAGAAUCAGUAGGGAAGAGGCGUGGCAUCGGCAGGAGAUGGAACAAAUAAAAAGGAAUGAGGAACUAAGAGCACAAGAGACUUCUCGUAGUAGUCUCGCCCUUAUUUCGUUCAUCGAGAAACACAUGGGCCAUCAAGUCCCUCAACAAUUAAAUAGCUUGUCUGUUGAGGAAGAUGAAGAUGAAAAUCAAGGUUCAAAGGACGAAGAGCUUGAUCCGUCAAAUCCUGCAAAAAAGUGCAAUCCAAACCUGAAACCAAAUAAUGAGAGGUGGCCUGCGUCUGAAGUACAGGCACUCAUAGCUCUCCGAGCGGCUUUGGAACCUAAGCUUCGCUCGGGGUUCAAACGCUCUAUUUGGGAAGAAAUAUCAUGUAGCAUGUCGGCUAUGGGAUACAAGAGGAGCACAAAGAAAUGCAGGGAGAAAUGGGACAACAUAAACAAGUACUUCAAGAAGUGGAUAGCAAAAGGGAACAAGCGUCCGGCCUAUAGCAAGUCUUGCCCGUAUUUUCAUGACCUGGAUGUCUUGUACAAGACUGGACUGAUCGAUUCAACCAGCGCCCUCGAUAGCGCGAGCCACAAACAAGAGUGGGAGCUCCACACUGUCUAAGGUCUUCAGUGCAUUCUAAACACUUCUGGUGGUAUCCCCGAAUUAAACAUGGCCGAUCGAAAGCCUUGUUCUUUCGAUUGAGGCAGAGAGUUGUUCUCUCUUCUAUUUUUGCAUCAGCUGUCCUCCAAUCCGUGAGUUUACUGUGCUUCUUUUUCUCUGUAAAUGAAACAGUUUUUUGUCCAGGCGCGGUAUUCUGUCGCCUUGAACCGGCUUUUGCAAAUUGAUGAGGCAGAUGACAACGUAGUGUUUGAAAUUCGUCUUUGGAUAAUUCAUUAACUGUGAAGUGAUCCAUUUUCAAGCAUAAA